AGCAAGCUGCGGGAUCCCAGCACCUGCCCAGGGUCACACAGCUUCUCAGUCACAGAGGCCACUGCGGAACCGAAAUGAGGCCCCAGGCUCACCGAAGCAGAAAGAGGCCAGGGUGCCAGGAGGAAGGCGACAGCUCAUAGUCUCUUGGGGCGGGGCCGCGGCUUCUCUGAUCUCGGGCUCCCUCCCCCCUCCUAGGCCCCACCCUAAUAGUUCUGCCUGCAAGUGUGGGGAGAGAGCUCCUCCUAGGACACCCCUUUCCCUUGGGCACCUCCAGGCCCCAUCAACAGAGGACCCUCUCCUCUUCUGCCUUCGUUGCCCCUCCUGGGGUGGCUAGGGCUUCGGCCAACAUCCCUACCUGCCCGUCUCCUGGGCUCCCAGCGUAGCUGAACCAAGAUGACGGUCAAGCUGGACUUUGAGGAGUGUCUCAAGGAUUCACCUCGCUUCCGGGCCUCCAUUGAGCUGGUGGAAGCAGAGGUGUCGGAGCUGGAGACCCGCCUGGAAAAGCUCCUCAAGCUGGGCACUGGGCUCCUGGAGAGUGGGCGCCAAUACCUUGCUUCCAGUCGGGCCUUCAUUGCUGGCAUUUGUGACUUGGCCCGCCUGGGCCCACCGGAGCCCAUGAUGGCGGAGUGCCUGGACAAAUUCACCGUGAGCCUGAGCCACAAACUGGACAGCCACGCAGAGCUUCUGGAUGCCACUCAGCACACGCUACAGCAGCAAAUCCAGACCCUGGUCAAGGAAGGUCUUCGUGGUUUCCGGGAGGCUAGGCGAGACUUUUGGCGAGGGGCUGAGAGCCUGGAGGCAGCCCUGACCCACAACGCGGAGGUGCCCAGGCGCCGGGCCCAGGAGGCUGAAGAGGCGGGGGCGGCUCUGAGAACUGCUCGAGCUGGGUACCAGGGACGGGCAUUGGAUUAUGCUCUGCAGAUCAAUGUGAUCGAAGACAAAAGGAAGUUUGACAUCAUGGAAUUUGUGCUGCGUUUGGUGGAAGCCCAGGCCACCCAUUUCCAGCAGGGCCAUGAGGAGCUGAGCCGGCUGGCGCAGUAUCGCAAGGAACUGGGUGCUCAGUUGCACCAGCUGGUCUUGAAUUCAGCACGAGAGCGGAGGGACAUGGAACAGCGGCAUGUGCUGUUGAAACAGAAGGAACUGGGUGGGGAGGAGCCAGAGCCGACCCUGAAGCAGGGGCCUGGUGGCUUGGUCAUGGAAGGACAUCUCUUCAAACGUGCCAGCAAUGCGUUCAAGACCUGGAGCAGACGCUGGUUCACCAUUCAGAGCAACCAGCUGGUUUACCAGAAGAAGUAUAAGGACCCAGUGACUGUGGUGGUGGAUGACCUCCGACUCUGCACCGUGAAGCUCUGCCCAGACUCUGAGAGGCGGUUUUGCUUUGAAGUGGUAUCCACUAGCAAGUCCUGCCUCCUCCAGGCUGACUCGGAGCGCCUGCUGCAGUUGUGGGUCAGCGCCGUGCAGAGCAGCAUCGCCUCCGCCUUCAGCCAGGCUCGCUUGGAAGACAGCCCCAGGGGGCAAGGCCAGGGUUCAGGAUACCUGGCCAUGGGCUCUGCUGCCACCCUGGGCUCUGGUGGAACAGCCAGAGGAAGGGAGCCUGGAGGAGUAGGGCAGGUGGCAGCCCAGGUGCAGAGUGUGGAUGGCAACGCCCAGUGCUGUGACUGCCGGGAACCGGCUCCUGAGUGGGCCAGCAUCAACCUUGGCGUCACCCUCUGUAUCCAGUGCUCUGGCAUCCACAGGAGCCUUGGGGUUCAUUUCUCCAAAGUCCGGUCUCUGACUCUGGAUUCCUGGGAACCGGAACUGGUGAAGCUCAUGUGUGAGCUGGGAAACGUGGUCAUCAACCAGAUCUAUGAGGCCCGUGUGGAGGCCAUGGCCGUGAAGAAGCCAGGGCCCAGCUGCUCCCGGCAGGAGAAGGAAGCCUGGAUUCACGCCAAAUAUGUGGAAAAGAAGUUCCUGACCAAGCUUCCUGAGAUCCGAGGACGAAGAAUCAGCCGGGGAACCCCCAGGGGACAUCCUCCUGUACCCCCAAAGCCUCUCAUCAGGCCCCAGUCAGGGAGUUUCAGAUCCAAGCCAGAGCCCCCCUCUGAUGACCUGGGAAGCCUACACCCAGGUGCCUUGCUGUUCCGAGCCGCCGGCCACCCUCCAUCCCUUCCCACCAUGGCCGAUGCCCUUGCCCAUGGAGCGGACGUCAACUGGGUCAACGGGGGGCACGAGAAUGCUACACCCCUGAUCCAGGCCACAGCUGCUAAUUCACUGCUGGCCUGCGAGUUCCUGCUGCAGAACGGGGCCAGUGUGAACCAAGCAGACAGUGCAGGCCGGGGCCCCCUCCACCACGCUACCAUACUUGGCCACACCGGGCUCGCCUGCCUGUUCCUGAAACGGGGGGCCGAUCUGGGGGCCCGGGACUUGGAAGGCAAAGACCCACUGACCAUCGCCAUGGAAACAGCCAACGCUGACAUCGUCACCCUGCUAAGGUUGGCAAAGAUGAGAGAGGCCGAAGCUGCCCAGGGCCAGGCAGGAGAUGAGACCUAUCUCGACAUCUUCCGUGACUUCUCUCUCAUGGCGUCAGAUGACCCGGAGAAGCUGAGCCGGCGGAGUCAUGACCUCCACACGCUCUGAUCCCCUGCCCUACCCCCGCCCAAGGCCUCCAGGGCCCCUUUCCCCACCCCCAGCUGCCGGCCCCUGCCCCAUUAAAGCAUCGGUUCUUG